UGCGGAAGGGGCGGGUCCCGGGGUUCGGGCCGUGACAUCAUUGGCUGCGCCGGUGUGGUUUUCAGCACUGUGAUCUCCUGGAGGAUGCGGCCGAGUCUAUUGUGACAGCUAUUGUGAUUCCCGGGCCCCCCGUCCGCCCUGCAGCCAACCACAUUGGAACCGAAACAUAAAGGGAAAUCAACAUGGGGGACGAAAGCGAAUGGCUGAAGCUUCCUGUUGACCAGAAGUGUGAGCACAAGUUAUGGAAAGCCAGGUUAAGUGGAUAUGAGGAAGCUAUAAAACUGUUCCAGAAAAUCGUAGAUGAGAAGAGUCCAGAAUGGUCCAAAUACCUGGGAUUGAUCAAGAAGUUUGUCACAGACUCCAAUGCUAUUGCCCAGUUAAAAGGCCUAGAAGCUGCUUUGGUGUAUGUCGAAAAUGCCCAUGUUGCUGGGAAGACUGCGGGGGAAGUAGUGUCAGGCGUAGUAAACAAAGUGUUCAAUCAGCCAAAAGCUAGAGCCAAGGAGCUCGGGUCUGAUAUCUGCCUAAUGUAUGUAGAGAUCGAGAAAGGUGAAGCUGUACAGGAAGAGCUGCUCAAAGGUCUAGACAACAAGAACCCAAAGAUUGUGGUGGCCUGUGUUGAAACAAUAAGAAGAGGACUAAGUGAGUUUGGUUUAAAAAUAAUGUCCCUAAAGCCAAUUAUUAAAGUAUUGCCAAAACUGUUUGAGUCUCGAGAGAAGGCUGUUCGAGAUGAAGCCAAAUUGCUGUCUGUGGAGAUUUACCGCUGGAUCAGAGAUGCCCUGAGGCCUCCUCUACAGAACAUUAACCCGGUGCAGCUUAAAGAUUUGGAGGAGGAGUGGGUGAAGAUAGCCCAGUCGGCUCCCAAGCAGACCCGUUUCCUGCGCUCACAGCAAGACCUCAAGGCCAAGUUUGAGCAGCAGCAAGCGGCCGGAGAUGAUGAUGAUGAUGGUGAUGAGGAAGCUGUACCUCAGGUGGAUGCCUACGAGCUCCUCGAAGCUGUUGAGGUUCUCUCCAAACUGCCGAAGGAUUUUUAUGAUAAAAUAGAGGCCAAAAAGUGGCAGGAGAGAAAGGAGGUUUUGGAAGCUGUGGAGACCCUUGUCAAAAACCCCAAACUGGAGGCAGGUGAUUAUGGAGACCUUGUAAGAGCUUUGAAGAAGGUUGUUGGAAAAGAUGCAAAUGUCAUGCUUGUAGCACUGGCUGCCAAAUGUCUAGCAGGGCUGGCCACCGGCCUGAGGAAGAAGUUUGGCUCAUACGCUGGACAGGCUGUGCCAACUCUUUUGGAGAAAUUCAAGGAGAAAAAACCUCAGGUAGUCCAAGCCCUGCAGGAGGCCAUAGAUGCCAUUUUCCUCACAACCACUCUGCAGAAUCUCAGUGAAGAUAUCUUGGCUGUUAUGGAUAACAAGAACCCAGCAAUAAAGCAGCAAACCUCCUUGUUCCUUGCAAGGAGUUUCCGUCAUUGCACUCCAUCUACACUACCCAAGAGCCUGCUGAAGCCUUUCUGUGCUGCUCUCCUCAAGCAAAUCAAUGACUCUGCUCCUGAAGUGAGAGAUGCAGCUUUUGAGGCUCUGGGCACAGCACAGAAAGUUGUUGGUGAGAAAGCAGUUAAUCCUUUUCUUGCGGAUGUGGACAAGCUAAAGCUUGACAGGAUCAAAGAGAGUGCUGAUAAAGUGGAACUAGCCUAUGGUAAAAAGGGCGGUGCCGCUUCUGGCGAGAAAAAGGAAACAAAGCCAUCUGCUCCCGGUAAGGCUGCUGUAACUGCAGCUCCUGAGAAAGACUCAAAGGAUGCUGCCAGACCUGGCAUGGCUCCCAAGAAGCCACCUGCGGCCAAGCCUGGAGGACCUGUCAAAAAGGCCAAACAGCCUGCAUCUGCUGGAGGUGCUGCAAAGGGCAAGAAAGGAGCUGACGUCAAAGAGGUUUUUGAGCAGGAGCUCUCGCCCGAGGCCUGUGAAGAAAAAGCAGCUGCAGUUCUUCCUGCUUCAUGCAUGCAGCAGCUGGAUAGCAGUAAUUGGAAGGAAAGGCUUGCAAGCAUGGAAGAAUUCCAGAAGGCUGUGGAAUCGAUGGAAAAAAAUGAUAUUCCAUGCCAAGCUUUGGUCAAGAUGCUGGCAAAGAAACCUGGAUUUAAAGAAACCAACUUCCAGGUCAUGCAGAUGAAGCUACACAUCGUGGCUUUGAUUGCCCGGAAAGGCAAUUUCUCCAAAACCUCUGCCAAUGUGGUCUUUGAUGGCCUAGUAGACAAAGUGGGAGAUGUGAAAUGUGGCGGUAAUGCCAAAGAAGCUCUUAGUGCUAUUGCAGAGGCCUGCGCCCUGCCUUGGACUGCUGAGCAGGUUGUGUCAUUGGCUUUCGUUCAGAAAAACCCCAAGAACCAAUCUGAAUCGCUAAACUGGCUUUCAAAUGCUAUUAAAGAAUUUGGUUUUUAUGGGCUCAAUGUCAAGGCUUUUAUCACCAGUGUGAAGACUGCCCUUGCUGCCACAAACCCAGCCAUUAGGACAUCUGCUAUCACCUUGCUGGGUGUGAUGUAUCUGUACAUGGGGGCGCCACUACGAAUGUUUUUUGAAGAGGAGAAACCUGCUCUCUUAGCCCAAAUUGAUGCCGAAUUUGAGAAGAUGAAAGGACAGACCCCACCAGCUUCAACCAGAGGCUCAUCCAAGGGAGGUGCAGGGGGAGAGGAGGGUGAUGAAGCAGAGGAGCAAGAAGAGGACUCCCCUGUUAAUGUCAUGGAUCUGCUGCCCCGGGCAGACAUCAGUGAUAAGAUCACUUCUGAUCUGGUAUCGAAGAUUGGCGAUAAAAACUGGAAAAUACGCAAGGAGGGACUUGAUGAAACGGCAGCCAUUAUUAACGAAGCCAAGUUUAUCCUUCCAAAUAUUGGAGAUCUUCCACUUGCACUGAAGGGUCGUCUCAAUGAUUCAAACAAGAUCCUGGUUCUGCAGACAUUGGGUAUCCUUCAACAGCUGGGCACUGCCAUAGGUCCAAAUAUUAAACAACAUGUUAAGAACUUGGGCAUCCCAAUUAUAACUGUCCUUGGGGAUAGCAAGGCCAAUAUUAGAGCAUCAGCUCUGGGGACUGUGAAUUCUUGGGUGGAACAGACUGGUAUGAAAGAAUGGCUGGAAGGAGAGGACUUGUCUGAGGAGCUGAAAAAAGAGAAUCCUUUCCUGAGGCAAGAGUUGCUAGGAUGGCUGGCUGAGAAACUGCCCACAUUGCGUACAGUUCCUUCAGAUCUUCAGUUGUGUGUUCCAUAUCUGUAUGGCUGCCUUGAGGACCGCAAUGGGGAUGUACGAAAGAAAGCCCAGGAGGCCCUGCCUUUGUUCAUGAUGCAUAUAGGAUUUGAAAAGAUGAGCAAAACUGCUGGAAAGCUCAAGCCAGCAUCCAAGGACCAAGUUGUUGUUUUGUUAGAAAAGGCUAAAGCUAGCAUGCCAGCCAAACCUGCUGCUCCUGCAGGGAAGACCAGCGCCAAACAGGCAGCUGCACCAUCUUCAGCUCCUGCCCCAACCGCUGCUGCUUUUGAUGCCGGACCACCAGAGAGUAAACAGGAUCCCAAAAAAAGCAAACCGGGUGCCCCAGCAGCUAAAGGAAAAGCUGUACCUGCUAAGAAAGUGCCAAGCAAGCCGGCCGUGAAGGAUGAGGAGGACAGGUCUGGACCCAUUUUUAUCGUUGUUCCAAAUGGAAAGGAACAGAGGAUAAAGGAUGAGAAGGGUUUAAAGGUCUUGAAAUGGAACUUUCCUACCCCUCGGGAUGAGUACAUUGAACAGCUCAAAACUCAGAUGUCAACGUGUUUUGCAAGAUGGCUCCAAGAUGAGCUGUUCCAUGCAGAUUUUCAACACCACAUAAAAGCCAUUGCUGUGAUGACUGAGCACUUGGAGAGUGAAAAGGAAGGGGUUUUAAGCUGUUUGGACCUCAUUCUAAAAUGGUUCACCUUGCGUUUCUUUGACACCAACACCAGCGUCUUGAUGAAGGUCUUGGAAUACCUGAAGUUACUCUUAAUUAUGCUUAGCCAAGAGGAGUACCACCUAACUGAGUUAGAAGCCACCUCAUUCAUUCCAUACCUGCUGCUGAAGGUGGGCGAGCCAAAGGAUGUUGUGCGAAAGGAUGUGCGUGCCAUUUUGAACAAGAUGUGCCAGGUGUACCCAGCUAGCAAGAUGUUUAAUUUUGUGAUGGAAGGAAUCAAAUCCAAAAACUCCAAGCAGCGGUCGGAAUGCCUAGAGGAGCUGGGCUGCUUGGUGGAAUCCUACGGUAUGAAUGUGUGCCAGCCUACACCUGCCAAAGCUCUCAAAGAGAUAGCUACCCAGAUUGGGGACCGUGACACGACUGUACGCAAUGCAGCGCUUAACACCAUCGUAGCUGUGUAUAAUGUGCACGGCGAGCAAAUCUUCAAGCUCAUUGGAAAUCUCUCUGAGAAGGAUAUGAGCAUGCUGGAGGAGCGAAUAAAGCGUGCCGGGAAGAAGCAGACUGUGCCUGCCCCAGCUAAACAAGUGGAGGAGAAGCCUCAGCGUGCUCAGAGUGCCAAUGCCAGCCUUCUGAGGAAAGCACCACCUGAAGACAUGUCUUCCAAACUGAAAAUUAUGUAUCGCACUUAUAGAAUCCAAGCCCGCAACAUGGGAGGACACCCUGAGCCUGCACAUAACGUUCCACGAGAAUUUCAGUUGGAUCUGGAUGAAAUCGAGUACGACAAUGGUACUGUAAGGUGUGAGAUGCCAGCGUUGGUUCAGCACAAACUGGAUGAGAUCUUCGAUCCAGUCUUACUCCCAGAACCAAAGAUCCGGGCUGUCUCCCCACACUUUGAUGACAUGCACAGUAACACGGCCUCCACCAUCAAUUUUGUAAUCUCCCAAGUUGCCAGUGGGGACAUAAAUACCAGUAUACAGGCCUUAGCUCAGAUUGAUGAAGUUUUGCGUCAGGAAGAUAAGGCUGAGGCCAUGUCUGGACACAUAGACCAGUUCUUGAUUGCCACCGUUAUGCAACUGCGUCUGAUUUACAAUACCCACAUGGCAGACGAGCGGCUGGAUAAAGACGAUAUUGUACGUCUGUACAGCUGUAUCAUUGGCAACAUGAUCUCGCUCUUUCAGAUGGAAAGUUUGGCUCGGGAAGCCUCCACUGGUGUACUAAAGGAUCUGAUGCAUGGCCUCAUUACUCUCAUGCUGGACUCCCGAGUGGAGGAUCUUGAAGAGGGCCAGCAGGUGGUGCGCUCAGUCAACCUCCUUGUGGUGAAAGUACUGGAGAAAUCGGAUCAGACAAAUAUUCUUAGUGCUCUUCUGGUGUUGCUUCAAGAUAGUCUGCUUGCUACAGCCAGCUCACCUAAGUUUUCGGAGCUUGUCAUGAAGUGUUUGUGGCGAAUGAUACGGCUUCUCCCGGAAUGCAUCGAGAACAUUAAUCUGGAUCGAAUUCUGUUGGACAUCCAUAAUUUUAUGAGGGUGCUUCCGAAGGACAAGCUAAAGGCUCACAAGAGUGAGCUGCCCAUGAGGACGCUGAAGACCCUUCUGCACACCCUCUGCAAGCUCAAGGGCUCAAAGAUCAUGGAUCACCUAGGGAUGAUUGAGAACAAGAAUGAAUCUGAGUUAGAGGCUCACCUGCUGCGGGUUAUGAAGCACUCUAUGGAUGGAACGGGCUCCAAAACUGACAAGGACACUGAGAAAGGAGCAUCUCGUACGGAAAAGGGGUCGAAACCGAAUGUCGGCGAUUACUUGGCAGAGAUCUUCAAGAAGAUUGGAUCAAAAGAGAAUACAAAGGAGGGCCUGUCAGAGCUGUACGAGUACAAGAAGAAAUACUCUGAUGCCGACUUAGAACCUUUCCUCAAAAACUCCUCGCAGUUCUUCCAGAGUUAUGUGGAGCGAGGCCUCAGGCUUAUCGAGAUGGAGAGAGAAGGGAAAGGCCGUAUUGCAUCAUCUACAGGUAUCUCUCCACAUUUGACCGAGGCGAACCCUCUCCCAUCAGUCACCAGUGUGACCCAACCGGCUGUAAACACUACUAAUGGGGAAGAGUUGGGACCUUCUGUUUACUUGGAGAGGCUGAAAAUCCUGCGCCUGAGAUGUGGUCUUGAUAAUGCCAAGCAGGAUGAAAGGCCUCCACUCAGCAACUUGCUGGCGAAGUCCUCUGCCACAGGAGUCCUGUCCUCCAACGACAUGCUGCACAGCAAGCUUUCUCAGCUUCGGGAAUCUCGAGAGCAGUUCCAGCACUUAGACGCAGACUCCAACCAGACGAAUGAAAGCACCACCACCUCAUCCAGUACGUCCUCGGCCUCCUCUGCAAACAACAUAGAUGACUUAAAAAAGAGACUGGAGAGAAUUAAAAGCAGUCGAAAGUAGUAACUCCUCAGCCCCGUGCUGCUGUUUGGUUUUUUUUUUUGUUCUUCUGCCCUUUUAGGAGCCUGGUCUCUCCGGCUCAGCAGCUCCUUCUAGGCCUAUUGUAAACUAUCAUUUUAUGUAUCAUAUGUGUAUUUUCUUUGGACCUGGGGAGGGAGAGCAACCUAGCU